AUGACAACGUCGCUACGAUUCUCCACUAUUACCCUUCCUUCUGAGAUUUUUGCUCUUGGUGUAACUAUAGUUGGUGUCGCCAUUACACCCAUCUUUGCGGUAUGGGCCAUCUAUCGCUAUAAGCACCGACCCAACCGUUUGUUUUUUUAUCUAUGCGUGUGCGUGUUCUUUGCCUACAUCAUACAGAUUAUUCGGCUGAUUGGUUCCAACGUUGGUCAAGAAUACAUGACAAUCUCUCUACUUGUAUCAAAUAAUAUCUACUAUCCAAAUGGACUGGUAUAUAUGCUGAUCCAAACAGAGGUUAUGCGAUUAUUUCUUUUAGAUCAUUUGAAGAAAUUUGUUUGGCAAACUCAAGCUGCUAUGGUGUUCCUAUAUAUAACGUGUACUCCUCCGCUUUGGGUGUACGGUGCUCUUUUUGAUGAGUUUGGUCAGCAAGGAAACUUUUGGUCUAUGUAUUCGUAUUUUGGUCUUGCGUACUUGUUUCUUGUGAUAUUGUUUGACAUGGUACAAAACGUUUAUGCUCUCUACUAUCUCGCGAAAAUCGUGAUUGGCAUGUACACGAAACAUAGCCGAUCUAGUCACCUCACAGAUGCAAUUAAAAGAGGCAUUCACCUCAACCAGAUUAUCCUAUGUGUCCCAAUAACCACCAUUGUUUUAGCAGACAUGGCCAUUAUUAUUCUUAUAAUGAUUCCUUUGCCAAGUACAUAUACAACAGCUAUGCGACAUAGAAUUCAAGACGCUUAUGUGCAGAUUGGCUGUGGUCUAGCACCAUUGCAUGUGAUUGGUGGUACAGUGGUGCUAGAACGAAUGCGAGAUUUCAAAAAGAUUGCCGAAAGAUACCGUCUGACAGCCAUACAGAAAUCUGUAAUGGAUCUGCCUAAAGUCACUAAAGCAAGCCAGGAAAUCAAGCAAGUUGCUCGACCCACUGUGGAGAUGUGCUCAACAGAGUUUAGUCCAUAUGAAGAAUCUCUUACUUCGGUAAGCAAUCCUACAGAAUAUGAUAUGCAGCAAGAGAAUGCUGUGGCUUUGCAGCCUGAAGUAAGGCAUACGCAGCUUGCACCAAGUGAGGGUGAUCUAAUGGACAAAAUCGCAGGCGAAAAUGCUGAAGCAAUUUAA